AUGUGGCGAGCUAUCUUGUUCCUUACGCUCAUUUUCAUACCGGCGGUAUGUGGUCAGAUGACCGUCACUCCCAUCUUCUCGGAUGUUGCAACCAAUUCCUCAUUUGGCGCCUUCACGUCGCCCAAUGAAACGCACCAUGCUUUUGUAGCGAACGAAACUAUGACAAUAAGUUGGAGAACCUCUCUGGACGCGAUAUACCUCGUCCUCUACCAACGGGACAUUCUAGCAGGCUUGCCUAUAGAACGUAUCGACAAUCCGUCCGAGGGCGAGACGCUUUGGAAACCCUUUAGUAUAGAGACAGGUCCUGGCAUUUCAUCCGAAUUCGUCUUUCGAGCCGUCGUUGAGGGCGGCGACAGUUCAAAAGAAUUCUGGUCGCCAACGUUCUCUAUACUGCGGGAUAGGGAUGAGUUAAACUCUUUACCGACAUUGACAGCGACACCAGCGUCCACACGCAUAGCAUCGAACAUCCAGGAAACAGGCCCCCGGUUCGUAAGCGGAAGCAACUCCCUAUCGACUCCGACUGGAGGACUGAGUAUAGGUCUCACUAUCGGUCUUGCAGCUACAUUCACCGCCGGAUCCGUUGCCAUUGUGGUGUAUCUGCUUUACUUUUUGUACAAGAGGAGGAAACACAAGGCGAAAAAUCUUAAACUCAGUCCUGCAGGCUCACACGAUCCGGACGCUGAUCUGCCAGAGUUGUGCACGUACCAGCCCGUACCACAUGGAUCACCAGGAAAUCCGGUUGAGAUGGAGGUAAAGCCAGCAGAGAUGGAAGGCACAAGGACGUAUGCUGAGUUGCCGGCUGAACCGAGGGAGUUGCCAGAUGUUCGAGACUUGGACGAGCUUGUCAUCGAGCGCCAUGGGUAG